CGCUGCGUCGAGCCUUCGACGAUCAUCUCCUUAACUUUCUUCCAUUUCCAUGCCCAUCGUGUGGAGAGUGCUGAGUGCGACCCUUCUCCUAAUCUCCUAUUCGUAGAAUUUGGUCUAUCUUCCUGGCUUCCAAGCGGCUACACACGUUAGUAACGCAUGGUCGAAGGUUAAUUUAUGAGUCUGUCUGACAGGAAUAGGAGUACUAGUUUCUAGGUAGGUUGUUAAUUAGCUCUAGCUAGGAGGCCGUCCGGGGAUUUGAUCGAUCGAUCGAGCGAGCGAGCUCUAUCCGUCCAUGGCGCUGGAGGCUGUGGUGUUCCCUCAGGGGCAGUUCUCGUACUGCGGCACGGUCACGGGCAAGGUGGCCGCUACGGCAUCUUCAUUAGGCACCGUCGACCGCAUUGAUCAAGAAGAGUAUUUGCUGGAGGAGAAGAAGAGCGGUGUGCUGCUGCAACAGCAAGAAGAUCAUGCCGGAGAAGCACUGUCGGUCCCGGCGACGCCUGCUGCUGGCCGAGGGAGGGCGUCUCCGUCGGCCGUGAGGAGGCGGCGGCGGAGGCCGAAGCCGGCGAAGAACAAGGAGGAGGCGGAGAGCCAGCGGCGCAACCACAUCGCGGUGGAGCGCAACCGGCGGCGGCAGAUGAACGACUACCUCGCCGUGCUCCGCUCCGUCAUGCCGCCCUCCUACGCCCAGAGGGGUGACCAGGCGUCGAUAGUGGCCGGCGCGAUAAACUUCGUCAAGGAACUAGAGCAGCUGCUGCAGUCGCUGGAGUCCCAGAAGCGGCGGCGUUCCGGCCUCCCGGCACCGGCGCCGCCGCCAUUCGCCAGAUUCUUCACGUUCCCACAGUACUCCGCCAGCGGCGGCAACGGCAACGGCAGCGAGAACGGCGUGGCUCGGCGGGGCGUGGCCGACGUGGAGGUGGCCGUGGCGGAGAGCCACGCCAGCGUGAAGCUGCUCGCCCCGCGGCGGCGGCCAAACUCCAAGCAGCUGCUCCGGAUGGUGCUCGCCAUGCGCUGCCUCGGCCUCACCGUGCUCCACCUCAACGCCACCGCCGCCGCGGCCGACCACUUGGUCUUCUACUCCUUCAGCCUCAAGAUGGAGGACGAGUGCCGGCUGUCGUCGGCGGACGAGGUCGCGGCGGCGGUGCACCAGAUCGUCGCCGAGGACGAUGGCCGUACUGCCUAGCUAGCUAGUUUAGCUGGAAAUGGAAGUGCACGCGUCUCUGUAACAUUAGCUCGAUCGGUCCUAGGUAGGACAUUUCUCCAGCGAGAAGCGCCAUUGUGAUCAGGGCACUACACUCUGCUCGUCGUUUGCGUGCAAGUAAUUAAACAUGUAGUGCCAAUCUUUCCGGUGGAUCGAUGCACACGAAAGCACCCCGGGGAUAUAUCAAACUCGACCACAUCUCGA